CAGCAGCAUCUCAGCCGAGCAGCAGUGCAAAAAUGCACUGAAAUACGCAUCUUAGGACAUUUCUACCCUCUUUCGGUUUGCCAUGAGGGCGUGUGAUGGGAAUACCGGGGAUGUUCGCACCGGAUUACGUCCCUUUAUUUUGAGCGAAAUGCGGAUUGUUUUGCGCUCGAGGUGUUAACGCAGACAAAAAGAAAAUAUACAAAAAUGAAGAAGCAAUUCAAUCGGAUGCGACAGCUCGCCAACCAGACUGUUGGCAGGGCAGAAAAAACAGAGGUACUGAGUGAAGACCUGCUGCAGGUGGAGAAGCGUUUAGACCUGGUGAAGCAGGUCUCUCAUAGCACACAUAAGAAGCUGACUGCCUGUCUGCAGGGACAACAAGGCACUGAUUUAGACAAGAGAUCAGUUAAAUCUCCCUUGAAAAAGUUGCCCCUGACGAUACUUGCUCAAUGUAUGGUGGAGGGAGCAGCUGUGUUAGGAGACGACUCUCUUCUUGGCAAGAUGCUGAAGCUCUGUGGUGAGUCAGAAGAGAAGUUGGCCCAAGAGCUGCUCGUCUUUGAGUUUCAGAUUGAAAGAGAUGUUGUGGAGCCUCUGUAUGUGCUGGCUGAGGUGGAAAUUCCGAACAUUCAGAAACAGCGAAAACAUUUAGCCAAACUCGUCCUGGACAUGGAUUCUGCAAGGACACGGUGGCAACAGUCAUCCAAGUCUUCAAGUCACCCUAGUAAUGUGCAGCAGGGCGGAGCCAAGGGUGAUUCCCUGAGAGAGGAAAUGGAGGAGACGGCCAAUCGGAUGGAGAUCUGCAGGGACCAGUUAUCAGCGGACAUGUACAAUUUUAUGGCCAAAGAAAUAGACUAUGCAAACUACUUUCAAACGCUCAUAGAGGUUCAGGCGGAGUAUCACAGGAAGUCUUUGGAGAUUCUGCAGAGUGUGCUGCCACAGAUCAAAGCUCACCAGGAGGCCUGGAUAGAGAAGCCAUCGUAUGGAAAGGCCUUAGAGGAACAUCUAGCCAUCAGUGGCAGGGAGAUUGCGUUUCCUAUCGAGGCGUGCGUCACCAUGCUGCUCGAAUGUGGCAUGCAGGAAGAGGGUUUAUUUCGGGUAGCUCCGUCAGCCUCCAAGCUGAAGAAACUUAAAGCAUCUCUGGACUGCGGGGUUCUGGAUGUGCAGGAGUACUCGGCCGACCCACAUGCCAUCGCAGGAGCUUUGAAGUCUUAUCUUCGUGAACUUCCCGAACCUCUAAUGACCUUUGAACUCUAUGAUGAAUGGAUUCAAGCCUCAAACAUUCAAGAUAUGGAUAAAAGGCUCCAAGCCCUUUUGUGUACAUUUGAGAAACUACCAGCAGACAAUCUGAACAACUUCAGAUAUUUAAUCAAGUUCUUAGCCAAACUCACAGAGCAUCAAGAUGCUAAUAAAAUGACGCCAGGUAAUAUUGCAAUAGUUCUCGGACCCAACCUGCUGUGGACACAUUCAGAUGGGAACAUGACAGAAAUGAUGACCACCAUGUCGCUGCAAAUCGUUGGCAUCAUUGAGCCGAUCAUCCAGCAUGCUGACUGGUUCUUCCCUGGAGAUAUUGAGUUCAACCUGACAGGCAGCUAUGGCAGCCCAGUUCACACCAACCACAACUCCAACUACAGCUCCAUGCCCUCGCCCGAUAUGGACCAAUCAGAGCGCAAGCAGCAGCAUGACCAGAGCCGACGCCCACUCAGUGUUGCUACUGACAACAUGAUGCUGGAAUUCUACAAGAAGGAUGGCAUUAGGAAAAUUCAAAGUGUGGGUGUCAGAGUCAUGGACACGUCGUGGGUGAAGGGCAAAAGUUCCUCUACACUGGCCCGCAAAGCUUCAUCCACGCCUCCACAAGUGCCCGGCUCUCCUGCGGACACCCUGAUCACUGAGCAGCCCGGUGAGCUGGCCACAUCUCCAAUCCCCACUCCCCCUCCUGGAGACAGGGGCAGCACUCUGAAGAGCAAGGAGCUCUCUCCUGUGAUUGGCCACAAGUCUGUGCAGGUGUCAGGAGCAACAGUGCCCCCUGUCAGCGGUCAGCAGAGCAACAGCCAGUCUCCUCACUCUGCCGAGCACAGCCCCCACACCUUACACAAAGCCUCUAAGAAACUGGCCCCUGUGCCGCCCAAGGUUCCCUACGGCCAGUCGGGGGGGAUAUCAGACCAAUCCACAGGUCAGCCGUCUCCGGUUAGCCUGUCCCCCACUCCCCCAAGUACCCCCUCCCCAUACAGUUUGGGCUGUCCCCCUGGACACGCGCCCACCUCUUCCCCUGGCCAGACCCCAUUAGGGGGACCCCAUACGUUGUCCUCGCCGCCCUCUCUGACUGGUACGCUUACAAAGUCCCGACCCACCCCAAAGCCCAGGCAGAGACCCAGUCUACCCCCUCCCCAGCCACCCACCGUCCCCUCUACAGCCCCCCAGCCCCUGGAGCAGGGUCUACUUGACGGAUUGUCCCCCGGGGAGAGCAUGUCCACAGCAGAUUUCUUCAGUUUGGAAAUUCCCUCCAUCAACGUCAAUCUGGACAGCCUGUUGGACGAGUUCAGGGUGGUCCCAUGCCGGAGCUCCUUUGCUGCGGUCAGCUCUCCAGAGGGGGAGUCCGUGUCCGAGGAGGAGGGCCAAAGCACCACGCUAUGACCCCUGAGCCCACCCAGCAGCAUGCCAGCUUCACAUAGAACCCAUCCACUCCUGCUGAGGCCCAACUGGAACCUCACCUUGACCAAACCCAGAGUCACGGAUACUACAUGAGAGACUCGAUAAGAUGCCAACCACACAACAGGUGCCACAAAAAAAAAUAAAUAAUUGGAUUUCGUUCAAAUUGGCACCGGAGGAACCUGGAGUUUUGUGUUACGAUUCCUGUUUCUCUCUGAACGAUUCUGUCUGUUUCUUUUUUGUUGUCAUGUUGUUGGUUUUGUUUGAUUGGGAUGUUUUUAUUUCUGCCUUAUUAGAGCUGCAAUUACAAUACAAUGCACAUAGGGAGCCGUCUGCUGACUCUAAAGGAACCUCAUACACUUUGUCUUGCUGGAGGCUUUGAACUGAGACGCACCCUCAUGGUAUGAGAGUAGGCCGUCUUUUGUUUGUUACAGGGUCCAUGCCAUGCUCUUUAUAGAUGACUUGGUGGCAUAUAGCAUGACUAAUUUUGCAAUGCUUCUUUCUUCUUUCUUUCUUUCUCAAUCUCUCUAACCUACACUAAUCACUGCUUUAGCAAUCCAAUCCAGUUGACCUUUCGCUAAGUCCCGCCUUUAAAGUGCUCCUGACCAAUCCGGCCUGUUGCCGCCUGUUAUAUUAUCAGACAAGUGCUUAUUUCUAAUGUGAAUUUCUAGUGUUUUUAAAUAAUUUCGCAAAAUUACAUUUAAAACUAUCUGAGAAUAAAUUAAAGUAGAGCACAGCGCUAGCAAUGCAAAGGUCAUGGGUUUGAGUCCCAGGGAGAGCAAU